UUUUUGCACAAUUUUCUCCAAAGCAGACUGUAUUUGUUUCUUGGCACGUUUUGUUGCGGUUAAGGGUAGUUCGAAGUUGAAAACGAUAUUCCCUCACAAUUUGGUAACAACACAGGAGUUGUCCAUGGCGGCUCCACACGUAAUAAACCGAGCCCAUAUAGCGGCUUACCUGAGUCCACGAUUCAGAGCGAACCAGUGAAGGUACUUCGCGUCAAAGUGAUCGCGGGACUCAACCUCGCCAAGAAAGAUAUCUUCGGUGCCAGUGAUCCGUAUGUACGAGUACAUUUGUACCAGGGCAAUGAUUCGGUGGAAGGGGAGGUUGUUAUGGUUCAGACUAGGACCAUCAAGAAGACCUUGAAUCCAAAGUGGAACGAGGACUUUUACUUCAGGGUUGAUCCGAGGUGUCGACUGCUGUUUGAGGUGUUUGAUGAGAACAGAGUGACCAGAGAUGAUUUCCUUGGACUGGUGGAUCUACCACUCAAUAACCAGAUCCCUACAGAAUAUCCUGACAGAGAGAGGCCAUAUUCCCACAAGGAUUAUCUCCUCCGACAAAGAAGAGCGAAGAACAAUACAAAGUCGCGAGUGAGCGGCCAUCUGCGGCUGAAGUUGGCGUAUGUACCAGCGGUAGGAUGGGCGGAGGGGCAGCAGCAGCCCAACGCAGAGCAGCAAGAAGACAGGGACGAGGUACAGAUACAAAAUCCUGGUUGGGAGAUAGUGGACAUGGAUACAGAACCCAGACAGCCCCAGGUGCAGGGGAACUCUCCCUCCCAACCCUCCCAACCGGCUGCCAUGCCCCAGGGCUGGGAGGAGAGACAGGAUGCGAACGGACGGACGUACUACGUGGACCAUAACACCAGACAGACAACCUGGCAUCGCCCCUCAAUAAGCCAUGCACCAGGGGGGCUGACUGCACAGGCAGCAGAGGCCGCGGCCACGACCGCACAGGAGAGCAACAACCGGCAGGCGGCGCAGAUCUUCCGCCAGAGACGGCAGAUCAGCGAGGACAUGUCCACACCUGGCGGGGCAGGUGCCGCAGCUGCAGCCGCGGCGCUGGUGGAGCUACCUGCACAGAUUGCGUCCCAACCUCGACAAGGCCCGCCCCCACCAAAGAUCCAUCGAAUGAGUGUGAGGUCAGAAUCUCAGCCCCAUGGCCAGUCGGACCGGGGUGCAGAGAUAGAAGCCCUCCCCCCAGGCUGGGAGAUGAGGUACACAGAGGGGGGCCGGCCCUUCUACAUCGACCACAACACCAGAACAACUUCAUGGCAUGACCCGAGACAAGCCGCGGCUGCGUCUCCCCAGCCCCACCGCUCCAUGAUGCCGCGUGCAGCCACGGUGACGUCCCCGGCAGCGGGCACCCUGGACACCCCUCAAGUCCGACAACGUGCAGGGUCCAACCCUGACCUCUCCCACCUAGGACCACUCCCGUCUGGUUGGGAGGAGAGAGUACACACCGAUGGGAGAACCUUCUUCAUUGAUCACAACACCAAAAAUACCACAUGGGAGGACCCUCGACUAAGCAGAGCCUUCCAGAAUGCUGCAUUGGCUGGACCGGCUGUGCCAUAUUCCAGAGACUACAAGAGGAAGUACGAAUACUUCAGAUCCAAACUGAGAAGACCUGCCAACAUGCCCCAGAAUCAGAAGUUUGAGAUGAAGCUGCACAGAAACAGUAUUUUGGAGGACUCUUAUCGAACCAUCAUGGCCUGUAAGAAAGCAGACAACUUGAAGGCCAAACUGUGGAUCGACUUUGAGGGGGAGAAGGGCUUGGACUAUGGUGGAGUGGCAAGGGAAUGGUUCUACCUCCUUUCACAUGAGAUGUUCAACCCAUACUAUGGCUUAUUUGAGUACUCAGCAAAUGACAACUAUACACUUCAGAUCAACCCCAACUCCGGUCUCUGCAACGAGGAACACUUAUCGUACUUCAAAUUCAUUGGCAGGGUGGCUGGUAUGGCUGUGUACCAUGGCAAACUCUUAGAUGCAUUCUUCAUCCGUCCUUUCUACAAGAUGAUGCUGAAGAAACCCAUCACACUGAAAGACAUGGAGUCUGUGGACAGUGAAUAUUACAACUCCUUGGUGUGGAUCACAGAGAAUGACCCAGAGGACCUUGACCUCAGGUUCUGUGUGGAAGAGGACCAAUUUGGACAGAUGGUUACAAAGAACCUCAAAGCCAACGGUGAGGACAUUCUUGUCACCAACAGCAACAAGAAGGAGUACAUCGACCUUGUUAUCAAGUGGAGGUUCAGUUCUAGGGUCCAGGAACAAAUGAAGGCUUUGAUGGACGGUUUUAAUGAGUUAGUGCAACAAGAGCUGCUGAGUAUUUUUGAUGAGAGAGAAGUGGAGCUGCUAAUGUGUGGACUGGGAGACAUAGAUGUGAAUGACUGGAGGAAGCACACAGCCUACAGAGGAGACUACAGUGACAAACACCCCAUCAUCCAGUGGUUCUGGAAGGCUGUGAUCCUGAUGGAUCCUGAGACCCGUGUUCGUCUGCUCCAGUUUGUUACAGGGACCUCCAGAGUUCCCAUGAACGGCUUUGCAGAGCUCUGGGGCAGUAACGGUCCUCAGAAGUUCACCAUAGAGAAAUGGGGAAAUCCUGACCAGCUUCCCAGGGCACAUACAUGCUUCAACCGUGUGGACCUACCACCCUACCGGAGUUUUCAGGAGCUAUGGGACAAACUGAAGAUUGCAAUAGAGAACACAGAAGGAUUCGAGGGUGUAGACUAAUGUAGGACCGCUCAAUAUCAAUGUAUGUAAUUAAAGUAUUAUUCUGGUGACCAUUGACAUAGGUAUGCAAGGAUUAUACUGCUAGCAGCAUGGAAUAACUAUCAAUGUAAUGAACAUAAAGAGUAGAUAUAGAGUAGUAUUUUUUAUCAAAGGAAUAGUCCCUUAACAACAGAGGUUUCAGAUAUUUGCCACGCUCUUUCAGAACUUUGUAAGUAACUGCAUCUGCAAACGUAAGGAAAAUUGUGCAUGUUUGAGGUUUGUAAAAUAAUAAUUGACAAAUGCAGUGGAAACAAACACAUAUUCUUGUAUUCUGGUGGUUUGUUAAAAGACUAAUCAAAGGUACUGACCAUCAAAUAACAUAGGACAUAGUUGCAUAGCUUUAUUUAAACCAUAGAUUUCUAAUGUUGAUUUUUAAGUUACUGCUUACAAGAUGGACUGUACAACACCUUUCAGCCUAAAAGAAGGGGAUCAUUCAAUUUUUACCCAAAUCUUGGAAAGUUGGCCAAAAGAUAUAGAAUGACAAAGUAGAAACUAGUGGAUAGUGACAUUGUAUGAAAAUAUGGUAUACUGUAAGAUGUUUAUAAGUUUUAUUUGGUUAUAAUAAGUGAAUUAUUAAUUGUGCUAUAUACAUUAUGUAUACAUUCUAGACAGAAGUUUUAAAGCCAAUCAUGAAGAAUUGUGUGUGUGUAUCAUUGCAAGUUUCCAACAACAAGUUCUGUUAAAGUAGCCAAGGAAAGAAAUUUAACCUUGAUUAGUAGAAUGUUAUCCUCUAUGGAAGCAAGUUUCUAAGCUCUUGUGAACUGUGUUCAUUUGGUUGUACAGUUUAAUAGGUGUCUUGUUUAUUAAGUAUUAUUUUGAUGUGGUCGUUCUAUCUUUGUAUGCAAUAAAAAUGAUACUAUAUACUGUUAGAUUGCUUGAAAACUUUGAAGUACAAUCCAUGAGGUACAAUAUAUUUACUUGAUAUCUUUCAUCUAUGUAAAACUGUGUAAACUAAAAGUAAGUCAGGAAUGAUUAUUGCUGUUUUAUAUGAAGAUUUGAGGUAUGAAAAUUGCACCAAAUGGUCUGUUUGCACAUGUAACAGCUGUUGUGACCUGUUUUUAUGUCCAGUUAAGGUUGUGAACUGCAUUGUCUCUAUUUCAAUGCUCCACCCUUUGAGGCAAUAUUGACAUGCAAAUUGUUAGUUUUUUGCAUCAAGUGAUGCUAACUCUGCUCUGCUUUGCUGUUAUACAGUGUUGAUUAUAAGGGUUUCUGGCCAUGUUUUGCCCCUUUUUUGAGGCCAGGACAUAUUCUACUUGCUCCAAACUACAGAUGUAUAAAUGUGUACUUAAUCGCUCUUGUAUCACAACUCCUUUCACAGUAGACAGUCUGUUUUGUAAUUCACACCUAUGAACAUACUAAGUACUGGUAUAUGCUAGGUUGUCUAAUGGAAAUAAAUGCCAUACUAAGCAACUUUUAUGUCCAAGAUAACCCAUGUAUUUUCUUAUUCGUUGCUCCAAAAUAUUGCUCAAACAAAUUCUCUACAAUAGAAGGAAGGACACCGUAUUAGUUGCAACUGUCAUGAAAAAUCACAAGUCCCCAAGUCAUUCAUUUUGUGAGAUAGCAUAUGUCAGUUUCCUGAUUGAUUUAUGAUAUGUAUAAUAAUUGACACCCAUCUUUACAGUGCAGAGUUUUAGAUUUGCAGCUUUUGUACAUAUUGUGUAUACAUAUGGAUAACUGCCAUGCCAUAUAGUAAUCAGAAUAAAUAAAGUGUGAAAGUUUA